AAGCCAUGCUCGUCCCACAACUCGGCUGCAAUGGAACGCACGCAGCAGCCCGUCGUCUUGGUGCAUGGCGCCUUUGGAUGGGGCCAGAAGACGCCGCUGUUUGGGGCCAUGCCGUCAUACUGGCCGCUGCAAGACCUCGACGAGAUCAACCCGAACUACCUCGUCGUCGCCGUCGGUCCGAUCUCAUCCGACUACGACCGAGCUUGCGAAGUCUUUUACCAGCUCUACGGUGGCCAAGUCGACUAUGGCGAAGAGCACGCCCAGACCUGUGGCCACUUACGCUUUGGUGUGACGCACGAAGCCAUGCAUCCCAACUGGGGCGAGGAAAAUCCGGUGCACUUGCUCGGACACAGUUGCGGCGCCACGACCUCUAUCGAACUCUAUCAGUUGCUAUGCAAGGACCAUUUCGGUGUUGGGAGCAGUCACAAGUGGGUCAAGAGCAUCAUUUGCAUCUGUGGCCCGCUCACCGGAUCGACGCUCAGCAAUCUCCUGGGGAUUGGCCCCAACUCGAAGCUUGCCCUCCUCAGCGGCGGCCACCUCGUCGGGUCGUCAUUUGCGCUCUUCUGGAAGCUCCAGGAGUGCUACCUUCCGUCGCUCAAAGCCCUGUACGAUCUCAGGAUGGAGCACUGGAACAACAUGACGUCAUGGCGCGACGUCUUCUCGCCAGACAGCUCGCUCUUUACGAGCCGCGACAUUCUGUGGGAUGAUAUUGUCCCCGCGACGCGCCUCCAGAAGAACCAAGCGCUCAUCGAGAUGGACAAGGUCCAUCUCUUUAGCGUCGUGACGUGUGCCAAAGAUCACCCGCACGUCCUCUCCGGCAUGACGUGGUUUCUCAGUCUCUUCACGAACCGCAUGAACAAGCACGAGCCGUUCCAUGGCUUUGACAGCCGACAUUGGGCUAACAACGACGGCGUCGUCAACACGUACUCGCAAGUGUACCCGCGCGUCAAGUGCGGCCGCUUCACGCCCGUGCCCGGCGCCUACCCGCCACUGCCAAGCCACACACCUGCGAGUAGCAGCCACCUCCCGAUGCCUGGCAACUAUACACCUGUGCCCGGGAGCCACCCGGUCGUACCGACGAGCUAUACGCCCGGAUCUGGCGGCCAUCUUUCGUUUUCGGGCAGUGACUCACCAGCAGUUGGGACGUGGUCGCCCGCCGAGUCGCACAUUUCAUUCGAUUUGGAGGCGCAGGACGACGUGAGCGCGCCGCUGAAGGGUCGGUGGUACACGUACCACGUCGAGAAAAACCACUUUUGUGGCACGUUUCUGGAUGCCGAUGCGCGGGAUCUGUAUUGCAACCUCUUCAAGCUCGUCAACAAGUACAGCGACGUCGUGCCGGAAGAAGAUGAUUCGGAUACGGUGGCGUAG